UGGCCGUUUCCGGAAGCCGGCAGCCGCCUCUGCCCGCAGACCGGUGGCUGCGACCGGGGAGUAAGAGAGGUAGCGUCUGCCGGUUCCCGGCGUUUGGGCCUGACCCGGAGCAGCGGGAGGAGACAAUGGCCCUGCUGUGCUACAACCGAGGCUGCGGCCAGCGCUUCGAUCCCGAGACCAAUUCCGAUGAUGCUUGCACAUACCACCCAGGUGUUCCAGUCUUUCAUGAUGCGUUAAAGGGUUGGUCAUGCUGUAAGAGAAGAACAACUGAUUUUUCUGACUUUUUAAGCAUUGUGGGCUGUACGAAAGGAAGGCAUAAUAGUGAGAAGCCACCCGAGCCAGUCAAACCUGAAGUUAAGACUACAGAGAAGAAAGAACUAUCUGAAUUGAAACCCAAAUUUCAGGAGCACAUCAUUCAAGCCCCUAAACCAGUAGAAGCAAUAAAAAGGCCAAGCCCAAAUGAACCAAUGACAAAUUUGGAAUUAAAAAUAUCUGCCUCCUUGAAACAAGCACUUGAUAAACUUAAACUAUCAUCAUCGGGGAAUGAAGAAAAUAAGAAAGAAGAAGACAGUGAUGAAAUUAAGAUUGGAACCUCAUGUAAAAAUGGAGGGUGUUCAAAGACAUAUCAGGGUCCACAGAGUCUAGAAGAAGUCUGUGUAUAUCAUUCUGGAGCACCUAUUUUCCAUGAAGGGAUGAAAUACUGGAGCUGUUGUAGAAGAAAAACUUCUGAUUUUAAUACAUUCUUAGCCCAAGAGGGCUGUACAAAAGGGAAGCACAUGUGGACUAAAAAGGAUGCUGGGAAAAAGGUUGUUCCAUGUAGACAUGACUGGCAUCAGACUGGGGGUGAAGUCACUAUUUCAGUAUAUGCUAAAAAUUCACUUCCAGAACUUAGUCAUGUAGUAGCAAAUAGUACAUUGUUAAAUGUGCACAUUGUAUUUGAAGGAGAGAAGGAAUUUCAUCAAAAUGUGAAAUUAUGGGGUGUAAUUGAUGUAAAGCGAAGUUAUGUAACUAUGACUGCAACAAAGAUUGAAAUCACCAUGAGAAAAGCUGAACCUAUGCAAUGGGCAAGCCUUGAACUGCCUGCAGCCAAAAACCAGGAAAAACAAAAAGAAGAUACAACAGAAUGAGUUGAGAAGGAAAAAAAAAGUUAUUGGCUAUUUCAGAAUCCUUAAUAUGUGGUGAAGUGGUGGCUGGCUGCUGUACUUUUGUUUUCUUGUUCUUGUUUUUGUUGUUGUUGAAUUUGGCAUUUCAGGGUCUACAGUAGGUUCAAGCCAAAGUCAGUUUAUCUUUUUGUGCCUCCCAUAUCUGUUUUGAGUUACCCAAGAUUGAUUAUUUGUUUCUCCUCGCUAUUAAAACUGUAGUUGUGUCCUAUACUUGAAGGAGCUAGAAAAUAGCUCACAACAGUUACAGUAUUUCUUAGUAUAUUAUGUUAAUCAGAGAAAUGUAAAGAAACAUUUGUUUUUACAUCUCUUUCUUUUAUCCUGUAAUUAGUAAAGCAAGAUGGAAUGUCAAAUUUUUGAGUUUUUUCAUGAGUUUGUGUUCCUGUGAUACUUGAAAAUCUUUAAGGAAGAGAUGAAGCUCUGCAUUGCUUUUUCCACUCAACAGUUACGCUUUGUAGGGGGAUUAACUUGAAGUAGUGUAGUAAGUAGUAGCGGGGGAUAUAUGCAUUGAUUAACAAAUUAGAAUUCAUUUACAACUAAUUGGAUUAAAAAUUACAUCAGUACCUAUAUAACUUGCCAAGCAGUAUGGUAUAAGAGUAUAGGAAACAUUAUAAAUAAGAGUAUAAAGGUAUCAAUUUGGUUAAAAUUCACCAUUUUAUAAGACUAAGCAAUAAUGUUAAACAUCUCUUUCCUGAUAAUUUAUAAGGUCUUUGUAUGGUGUUAUGACUGAAUUGUACCUAAUUUAUAGCCUAUACCCUCUUAGAAUCUUUUAUUAGUUACGAAGAUAAAUUAUAUAUAUUAUCUGGCCUCCCUGAUGGAAAACUGUCUGUAAAAUUAUAGACUGAAAGGCUUAUGGAAAUAUUAGGGUAUCGAAAAGUAAAUAUUUAAGCUUUGAUUUAUGACAGCUAUUACUGUUAAAUAAAAUAGCUUUUCUUUUUGGAGUUUUUUUUUUCUUUUUUUAAGGCUUUCAUGAACAGCUUGACAAUUCUAGGUGAUACAGUGUUGAUUAUGUAUUGUAUUUGAUUACAUAUAGGUAUCACAGAAUUAGAUUGUUUAUGCUAAUUGAACCCAUUAAAGGAUAGUUACUUAUUGAGGCAGUGCAGAGCUCACAAAGAAAACUGAUAUUUAAGACAUGUUAUGAAGGCUGAAACUCUGGCAGAACUUAAUAUCUUUGCAUAUAAAGUAUGUUUAUAUAGAUUAAAAUGAUUAUUUCUUAAGCUCCUUGAUUGUUUUCCUUUUCUUGGUAUUAAUGGACUUCUUAUAAAGAAAAGUUUGCAGAAGUACAAUUUUAAUUAAAAGUAUAUCUUAGUCUACUAACCUUAACAAAUAACUAUUAAAUAUAGUUAUGUAAUUAUUAAAUGAUUUAGCUGUAUUACAUAUAAAGACAGGAAAAUUGGCAGCCAGCUUUCAUGACACUAAAAUACCAUGCCGAGAAAUUUUUGCAGUGAAGGAUGGACCCAAGUAGAGUAUAUCCUUCUAGUAGUUGGGGUUGUAUUUAAAUUUUUUUAAGUUAUCGUUUGUAAUUUUGGAACCUGGGUUCAUUUGGAGACAUGAAAUCUUAUUUAUUUGUUUUGGGGAAGGAUUGAUAAUUGAUUUGGUUUGAGGUAAUGCUUAGUAGACCCUUUUCUGAUCAUUCCUUCUUGAUGCUUUUUCCCCUAAGCAAUAUCUUAAUAUGUUAUGAGCCCUUAAAAUAUUGUUUAAAGUAAGUGUAUUUUCACCUAAGAGUUAGUUACAAAGCACUGACCUUUAUAAACAUAUACACACACAUUAUAUAUAUACAACUUACGUAUUUAGUCCGGUUAUACUAGUGACCAUUCUAUUUCCUUUCUUACUCCUCUGAACCUCUGAAUUUGUUGCCCAAAUAAAAAUCUAAGUA